UUUUUUUUGGACAGCUGUGUCAGCCCCUUAACAGCCCCCUACCCCAGAACAAAAUGCCCGGAGCGCCCACCAUGGGCUCGGAGAAUCGCACCGCACAUCCGGACACAGACUGGAACACUCGGCCGUCUUCUAGCUCAACCCACAUCACAGUAGGGAUGCACUCAACACCAGAAGAGGACCUCUACGCAGAGGCCGAAGCCAUGCAGGCCACAAUGCGGGAAGCCCUUCAUCAGCCCAAGCGCAAGGCGACGCCCACCGCCACCUCCAACCCAACCUCACCAUCCACUUCCCCUUCCCGCCGGGCAGCUCGCAAUGGCGUUUUACAUCCUAGCAGCAGCACUACCACCACGGCGGCGGCGGCGGCGGACAAGCCCCAAACGUCCGCUACUCACAUCAACGGCAGCGAUCCUCCUGACACUGACCACCAGUCCACAACAUCACCGUCCGAACAGCAAGCAACCCCGUGCUCCUUCGACUCGGACACGAGCAAGUACCCGGCCUCCAUGACCAGCUCGGUGCGGGACCACGUCUACGAGGGCGGGCUGCGCUACCACGCCUACCGCGCCGGCAAGUAUGCCUUCCCCAACGACGAGGUGGAGCAGAACCGCGACGACAUGAAGCACACCAUGACCCUGAUGCUGUGCCACGGCGCCUAUUUCUACGCCCCGGUCGAGGACGUGCUGGAGGAGGGCGCCGAGGUUUUGGACUUGGGCACGGGAACGGGGAUUUGGGCCAUGGAACUCGGUGACAGGUACCCGAACACAACAAUAACCGGCAUCGACCUCUCACCCAUACAACCCAACUUCGUUCCCGAAAACGUCCACUUCUUCGUCGACGACUUCGAGGAGGAGUGGGUUGAUCCCGAAAACAAGUAUGACUACAUCCACAUCCGCCACACCCUCCACUCGGUCCGGGACCCGAAACUGCUCCUCGAGCGAGCUUUACGCCACCUCAAACCAGGCGGCUACUUCGAAUGCGCAGAACUGCUCUACUCCCCACAAUGCGACGACGACACACUGACCCCCUCAACUCCCUACGCCCUGCGCGACUGGAUGAACUACGUUGGGGCAGGUAUGCGCGUGCUAGGGUCCGACCCGCACGCCAUCCUGCCAUUGCCUGAGCAGAUGAAAGCGGCGGGGUUCGCCGACGUGCAGCGGACGACGCACAAGUGCCCUGUGGGCGUCUGGCCGCGCGACAAGCGUCUUCGCUUUUGCGGACUGUUCCUCCGCACGGCUCUGAUGGACGGCCUGCGCGGCACCAGCCGGCGGCCGCUGCUGGCGCUUGGCUGGACGCAGCUGCAGAUCGAGAUGUUUCUCGUCGACGUGCGCAAGGCGCUCAUGGAUGCUGGCGUGCAUUCGUAUCUUGCACUGCAUGUCGUGCACGGUCGGAAGCCGGUGAGCUGAGUGAUGGAAGGAAGGAGGGAAAUACGCAACUCGAUUGCAGCACUCAAGGCUCGCUGCGGGUUUGUGGCCCACACACAUCCUUGACGCUACUGCAUGUGGUCACGACCUAUUCGCUCAGGACAUGGCCGCUGGUGUCGACGGAUCUGCGAUGGCGGUUAUCUGACAUUAUCUUUCUCGCUCCGGCACUCAGUUGAGAAUCACAGGACCACUCAGCAGUGUCCGGUCACAGUCGGAGAGCUCCAAGUCCCUUGAUCAUUGUUCAGAUGCUACAGCGCAGACGCAUUGCCCAGCCCCUUC